UGCGCGGAGUGUAUGACGGAAGGUUUCCUGCGAGCAACACGUGGAAUGUGGAUAACGCUCCAAUGAACAGCUCGCCUAUAUGUUCCUUUCCUUUCAUUUCAAAUCAUUUUCAUGAAAACUGCAUGAAGUGAGGACAUAACUGACUGACCUAUCAUUGCAUUCCUUGUACAGUGAGGGACAGCGUGGGGAUGGAGUAUCUACCCGACCGUAACUCCAGGUAUAAAGACGUGGACUACUGGGAUGAGAGGUACAAGACAGAGAAGUCGUUUGAAUGGUUCGGAGACUUCUCCAAGUUCCAGCAUCUACUUCAGCGUCACGUCCUGAAGGACGAUGCCAUCCUUGUGCUUGGUUGUGGUAACAGCUCUAUGAGCAGUGACAUGUAUGAUGCUGGCUACCACUCCAUCACCAACAUAGACUACUCCUCUGUGUGCAUCGACACCAUGAGUGCCAGGCAUGAUGCCACAUGCCCGGGCAUGACCUGGCAUCAGAUGGACGCGCGCCAGCUCUCCUUCACGGACGCCUCAUACGACGUGGUCCUGGAGAAGGGCACCCUGGACGCCAUGCUGGUGGAAGAGAAGGACCCCUGGAAGGUGUCCUCGGAGACGGCCUGUCUCAUUGACCAGGUACUCAGGGAGAUCAGUCGUGUUUUAAAACCAGGAGGUCGUUUCCUGUCUGUAACCUUCGCCCAGCCUCACUUCAGGAAGCGCCUCUAUGCUCGCCAUGACUACUGCUGGUCUGUACGUACCCGUAGCUACGGAGACGGCUUCCAAUACUUCCUGUAUGUGCUGACCAAAGGGGAGGAGCUUAGUCCAGAGGAUGCCACUCUGGAGAGAAGGUUAUUGGAGGAGGCCCAAGAUCCGCCCAAUGCGGUCAGGACCCAGGAAGCAGACACUGAGUCCUUCCUGUAUUGUAUUGACCUAUAGGAGACAGAAUCUCAAUGGACUCUACAACAGGCUACAAGUGACGUAUGUUUGCCAUUAUGCCUUCAAAUACUGUUUUUAUCCGCUGUUGGCUUUUUAACCAGUUGUUGUUAUACUGUGAUACAUUUUUAGGAUUAUGUAAUGUAUGCGUUGUUUUAUUAAGUGAAAACAU